UGCAACGGUAACGUAACGGUCUCACUCACCCCGGCGUGCCCGCGAAGUUUGCGCGUCACCUGACCAGACGCCACGUCCCACAGAAUGACGGUUUUAUCCGAGCUGCAGGAGCACAGCUGACUGUUGUCAUAAGAACUGCGAAAACGUUCUCUUCUGCGUAUGACGUUUCAACAUGGCGUCGCUCUGCAAGGCGAUGCACAACGUGAUCUCCAGAUCAUCUUUACUGCCGAAGCACUGCGUUUAUAUCACGCUCAGCUCAUUAUACAGCUCCGACGCGAGCGGAGGAGAUGAUAAAUCACCCGAGAGAGCGAAGAGCGGGUUUGCCGCAGCAUAUGAGCUGCAUUCAGACCUGCAGCAGAGAAGCGAUCAGAGCGCGGCGGCGCGGAUGAGCUCCAGGGACGAGACCUCCUUCGCGUCGCUCCUGCGGCACUCCGCGCUCAUGCAGAUGGGUCCGGCUAAAGACAAGAUCGUCAUAGGGAAAAUCUUUCAUAUCGUCAGUGACGACCUGUAUAUCGAUUUUGGCGGAAAGUUUCACUGUGUCUGCAAGAGGCCCACCACGGACGGGCAGAAGUACCAGCGGGGAAGCAGGGUGAGGCUGAGACUGGAAGAUAUGGAGUUGACCUCGCGGUUCCUGGGAGCGACCAUCGAUACGACGCUGCUGGAGGCGGACGCCACUCUCCUGGGACUCAUAGAGAGCAAAGAGACCAAGACGAAGGAGUAGCUGUCAUUGAGAACACCAGAUUGAACUAUAUAUGUGAAUGAAUGGAUUCUGUAUUGUGUAUGAGAUAUAAAAUUUAAAAUCGCACCUCCA